AUGUCGUACACUUACAGAGACCGCGAACGAGACUGGGACGAGACCCGUCCCGUGUCAAUCAAACGCUACGUCAUUCCUUCUGAAGAUGACCGUCGAGACUUCAUGUCGAGACACGAUGACUCUUUCGGCGAACGCGAGGUGGUAAUUCGGCGCAAAACGGAUCGCGAAGAGCCCGUGACCGUCUCGCGCUACGAGCGAGAGGUGGAGUAUGAACCACCCUCGCGGUAUGAGAGAGACCAUUACGAUCGUGAGUACCUACAUCCCAAUAUCAAUCAUCCACACUCUCGAUCCAUGGAUUCUUUGGAACGAAUGGAGCAACCCAAUACUUCCACAAUUACCACUCGAAAACAAUCCGUACUUAUUCGUGAAGCCCGCACUGCGUAUACCAGUCCCCGUGAAUCCGAGUAUGAUGUCGUGCGCCGCUCUGAGGCCGACGAGGACCCGUACUAUUACCACCGCCACCGUCGAGUCCGCGAGUACGACGAACCUCGCUCCCGACGUGAGCUGAGCCCUGAUGAUUCCAUCUCCCAGACUAGUCGUCGUCGCCGCGGCGAUCGCGAGCAAGACUACAGCAGCGAUGACAGCAUGGUCUACAUCCGAAAGGAAACUCGCGACUAUGAUGACCACCCUCACCACCGUCGUCACAUGGCAGAGGGUGCAUUGGUAGGUGCUGGCGCGGCUGAAUUGUUCCGCAGUCAUAGCAAAAAGGAUGGCGACGUCAGCCAUGGCGUCAGCCGUAUUGGUAAGACUGUCGGUGCCGGUGCCCUCGGUGCUGUCGCUGUAAAUGCCGCAUCACAUGCUCGCGACUACUACCGCCGUAGUAAGAGCCGCCACCGUUCUCAUUCCUUUGAAGAUGACCGUUCUUCCUAUCGCCACAGCAGACAUGGCCGGAGUCGUCACAGCCGGAGCCGCAGCCGCUCCCACUCCCACUCUCGUGCAAAGACUCUACUCGAGUUGGGAGUUGGUGCCGCAGCUGUUGCUGCUGGUGUGGCUGCAUUGCGUAGCAAGUCGAAAGCUGGAGACCGGAAAAGCCGAUCCCGCACUCGCUCCCGUUCUCGGGGCAUAAGUCGGGGCCGUUCGGAGAAGGAUGGAGAACAUGGUGAGCGCAGCAUGUCUGAGCGCCGCAAGCACAUGGCUGGCGCUGGCUUGGCCGGUGCGGCUGUGGCAGGCCUGGUUGAAAAGGUCCGCAGCCAUUCGCGCUCUCGAAAGGGUGAGCGCUCCCGCUCCCGCAGUCGUAUAAGACAAGCCCUUCCCAUUGUCGGUGCUGGCCUCGCCACCGCUGCUGCCACGGGUCUCUACGAGAAGAAGAAGAGUGACAAAGAAGAAAAGGACGGUUCGAGCCGGGGCCGCCAUCGUUCAAGGUCUCGCAGCCGCGCCCCGUCACAGUCCUAUCCCGAUCCAGCUCGCGACUCGACCGGCCUGAUCGAAUACGGCAACGACCCAGUCGCAGGUAGCAUUCCAUCUGAGCACUACUACGGUCAGCGCGGUGCGCCCUACGACGCACAGGAUGCAUACGGCCCCAGACGCCACACCCGCAGCCGCAGUCGUAGCCGAGCGCGCUACAGUAGCUCAUCUGGUUCUGAUCGCGAAGGUCGCCAACGAGGCAAGAAGCACCGCAGCCGCUCAAGAGAUCUCGCGGGCGCCGCUCUAGGUGCAACAGGGCUCGGAUAUGCCGCACACAAGUACAAUGAACGUCGUAAGUCCAAAGAGCGCGAGCGCGAGUACAAGCAUGACGACAACGUCCACCGUGAUCCUUAUGAAGAAUCCUACGACCCAGAACCAUACCCGCUUUCCCCGCAGGCGGCCCCGGGCGCCCCGCCCAUGGCUGACCCCCACUACCCCAACAAUUAUUUCCCACCUGGCGACUCAACCUAUAACCUGAAUGGCGGUACCCCUGCUCCCUACAACCCGGCAGACUAUCCCCCUCCACCAUGUGCUGCCCCGCCUCAGCCUUAUGCCUAUGGCGCUGUGCCAGGACCAGGACCGGGACCCGAGCAAUACGCACCUCGGCCGCGUAGGGCUGAAGACAAUGUGAGCAGCUCCUCCCUACCUACUGAUGCAAACCACGCGCACAAGGGUCUAAACAUCCACCCAUUUCCAACGACUCACCGGUCAACUAGCCAACCGCCACAAGUCUCAAAAUCCGUCGCUUUCGACUUGACGGAUUCCCCACAGGAUCCUGGCUAUGAGACUGAUGAUAGUGACUCGACCGUUGAACGAUAUUCAUAUUCUCAUCGCGGAGAUAGAAUCCACAGUCGCGAGCGAGAUCGUGAUAGCCAUUAUCAUCGUCGCCGCUCUUCAUCCGUCCCCUUUCCACCUAUGCCUUAUCCCAGUCCCCCUUCUAGUCAUCAUCGAUACCAUCCAUCAGCCCCGAAAACUCUUGAGAAAAGAGACCAGAACAAAGUCCCCGAAGUAGAAUCUGACUCAACUGUCGACCUACCCAGCCGCUUUGAUGAGCAAGGCCGUCUUCUUCACGAGCGGGAUCCUGCUGUGGAUAAAUUCGAGGACCUGGUGAACAAGUUUACCAAGGUUCUGUUCUAG